GGUUUCGGGCCCGCUACGGGGCCUGUCGGCUGGGCCAUCCCGGUUCCCAGAGUCCGGCCGGGGAGCUGGUGCGGCCCCGAACCCGGACAACAUCGGAGGUGUCGGCGAAGCCCCCAGAGGACCUCUGUGGUCUCAGGCCGCUGUCCCCGCCUGAAAAACCCAACCCCAGCCCUCCCCGGGGCUGCUCUUGAGAGCCACAGAGCCCUUGUUUGUUUACGAAUUUAGCCGUCUGGAGUCUCGCAGUUAAAUGGAGAGUUCGUACCCUGGCGUUUGGUCGCACACGUCAGGAACAGGAGUUCAGUAUCUCACAGAGCAGUCGCUUUCCGUUUUGGGGCGAACUGAGAUCUUUCUCACAUUAACUCCGAUCUCUUUUACUCAGAACAACGCUAAGCCAUUCCCUUGUAUGAAGCCAGCUGUCGUUUAGCCUCUCACCCCCUUCUUUCGGGUUCAUGCUCCCACAUUCCUUUACCUGGCCCUUUGUGGCCUCACAUCUAAGGUCACUCAUUCUGGUAAUCCUCUCCUGGAUCCAGUCCCGUUUUCGGAGAUUCUUCCCAAACUGGGUUCCUAAAGUACAUUUGUGAAUAACACGGUUCUCAAGUCAGACAGACUUGAAUUCUGAUCCAGAACAGUGCCAACUUAAGAGUGUAAGUCCCUUGACUUCUCUAAGCCUCAGUGUUCUCAUCUGAGAAUGGGGACAAUCAUAUUAUCUCCAGGUGGUUGAGAGAACGAAAGGAGGUGAAAAUGAAAAAUAUUUAGCGUGCUACCUCGCAGGUAUUAAGCAUUCGACUGAUGUCAGUUAUUUUUGGAGCAGAUAAUUCCCCAAAGACACAUGCCUUUUUUGGAAUGAAAGGCAAAAUACAAUUAUAGCAAUAAAACAUUUUCCACCAGUCGUAUAAGGAAGGUUUUUUAAAGUGAUAUUUUUAAUGCUGAGGAUUGCUCAAUGGUCAAGUGGUACCCCUUGGUCAAGUGAUGAUACAGUUUGAUACAGUCAUCUUGGAAAGCAAUGGGAAUAUGUAUCAGGAGCUUUAGAAAUGUCAUUUACUUCAUUUCACAAAUGCACAUCUGAAAAAUUUCCCAGAAAUAAUCAUAGUGCAGAAAAUACACAGAAAGAUAGUAAUAUAGCAUUAAUUAUAACAUUUAAACUCUUCAUUAUUUUAAUUGACAUAUAGUUGAUACACAUUGUAUUAGUUUCAGUCGUACAACGUAGUGAUUUGACAACUAUAUACAUUACAAAAAUACCACAAGUGUGGGUGUCAUCUGUCACCAAAGUGAGUACAGUAUGAUUGACUAGAUUCCCCAUGCUGUACUUUUUAUCCUCGUGACUUACUAAUUUUAUAACUGGGAAUUUUGUACCUCUUAAUCCCCUUCACCCUUCACCUACAUUUAAGCUUUUUUUUAUAGUGGAAAAUUUUAACAUACACAAAAGUAGAAUAGGUAAAUAAACCCCCAUGUGCUCAUCACCCCGCUUCAACAAUGAUCAGUAUUUUGCGUGCCUUGUUUUUGUGAAAACUUUUAAACCUACUUAAUGUCUGAAAAUAGGAGAACAGGUGAAUACAUGCGGGUACAUUUAUUUAGAGUGCUAUGAACUUUUAAAAUAACAGAAUUGUAUAUAUGGUAUUACCGCACAUUUGAAAAUUCAAAAACUAACCUCCCGUCUGUGUAGAAAAAGAGAUAGAAAGGAAACACAAGAGUAUGUUAACUAGUUUCCCUUUGAUGGUGGGACAGUGGGUGAUUUCUUCCCCUUCUGUUUUUAGCUAGAACUAUCCCAUAAAAAUUGUAUAUUGUUGUUAAAACCAAGAACCAACAAGCAAAAUCUAAAAACACUGCACCUGAACUAAGCACAAAGAAUAUGCCAGAACGGGUUCACUGUUACAGAGAAUAAAGAUGAUCUAUUUUUGCAGCCUAUGCUUGUGUAUGCCAAGAAGUCUUUUCACACAGAUGUCCUUAGAGAUAAUAUGGAUCAGUCCGGAGUUCUCCUCUGGGUGAAAGCAGAACCCUUUAUAGUGGGUGCCUUGCAAGUCCCCCCUCCAUCCAAGUUCAGUCUUCACUAUCUCAGGAAGAUAUCCACCUAUGUGCGAACCCGGGCCACAGAGGGGGCUUACCCACGCCUGUACUGGUCUACGUGGAGGCACAUUGCAUGUGGGAAGCUGCAGUUGGCCAAGGAUCUGGCGUGGCUUUACUUUGAAAUAUUUGAUAGUCUUGCAGUGAAGACACCAGAAGAGCGCCUGGAAUGGUCCGAGCUUCUGUCCAACUGCAUGUCUGAGGAUGAAGUCGAAAAGCAAAGAAAUCAGCUUUCAGUGGACACCCUACAGUUUCUGCUCUUCUUAUAUAUACAGCAGUUAAACAAGGUUUCCCUGAGGACAUCUUUGAUUGGAGAAGAGUGGCCUAGUCCCAGAAAUAGAUCUCAGUCUCCUGACUUGGCUGAAAAAUCCAGUUGCCAUAAUAAGAACUGGAAUGAUUACAGUCACCAAGCAUUUGUCUAUGAUCAUCUGUCAGACCUCCUUGAGCUGCUUUUAGAUCCAGAACAACUCACUGCAUCAUUUCAUUCGACCCAUAGUAGUCUCGUCUCUCGAGAAGCUGUUGUGGCCCUCAGCUUUCUGAUUGAAGGUACAGUCAGUGGAGCCAGGAAGAUAUAUCCACUUCAUGAACUUGCACUGUGGCAACCACUACAUGCAGAAAGUGGCUUCUCAAGGCUCUCUAAGACCUUUUCUUUCUACAAGCUGGAAGCCUGGCUGAGAACCUGUUUGACUGGGAAUCCAUUUGGUACAUCUGCCUGCCUCAAGUCUGGAAAGAAAUUGGCUUGGGCUCACCAAGUUGAAGGGACGACCAAAAGAGCUAAGAUUGCUUGUAAUACUCAUGUGGCCCCUAGGAUGCACCGCAUGGUGGUGAUGAGCCAGGUUUACAAGCAGACCUUGGCCAAGAGCUCAGAUACUCUGGUGGGGGCACACGUAAAGAUUCAUCGUUGCAACGAAUCUUUUAUAUAUCUGCUGUCUCCCCUACGAUCUGUGACCAUUGAGAAGUGCAGGAAUAGCACAUUUGUCUUGGGCCCCGUACAGACUGCUCUUCACCUCCAUAGCUGUGACAACAUUAAAGUCAUUGCUGCCUGCCACCGUUUGUCCAUCUCUUCCACGGCAGGUUGCGUCUUUCACAUUCUGACGCCUACACGCCCACUUAUUCUCUCUGGAAACCAGACAGUAACUUUGGCCCCUUUUCACACCCAUUAUCCAAUGCUGGAGGAUCACAUGGCCAGGACCGGCCUUGCUACAGUGCCUAACUAUUGGGAUAAUCCAAUGAUUGUGUGCAGAGAGAGCAGCGACACAAGUGUCUUCCGACUCUUACCACCUUGUGAAUUCUAUGUAUUUAUUAUCCCCUUUGAAAUGGAAGGGGAUACGACAGAGAUACCUGGGGGGCUUCCGUAUGCAUAUCAGAAAGCACUGCGUCAAAGAGAGCAGAAGAUACAAAUCUGGCAGAAAACUGUGAAGGAGGCUCGUUUGACAAAGGAUCAGAGGAAGCAGUUCCAGGUACUCGUGGAGAACAAGUUUUAUGAGUGGCUGAUUAAUACAGGACAUCGCCAACAGCUGGACAGUCUGGUGCCCCCUGCCGCAGGCUCCAAACAAGCAGCAGGAUAAGACUCCUACGUGGAAACACUGGGCUCUGGAAACAGGAGGAUGAAUGGAUGAUGGUACAUGUCUUGAAACUAAACUGGGAAGAUGCUCUUGCUGCUUAAGAGAUACUGGGGCUUUUUCCUUCCUAUUUAAGACCAUUCCUUGAUUUCCAUUCCACACUCAUAUGUUAUUGCUUAUGUUGAAUUUUAGAUGAACUUCCAUCAUAUAAACAUUGUUUAUAGAACAUCAGGAAGCUCAUCUUUGUGUUGCCAAAAUGAAGGAGUUGAUGAAGGCAAUUUCAUCGUAUUUACGUUAAUAUUAAAGUGAUGGAGUGUAGAUUUGCAAGUAAACUUCACAUUUUAAUUUGUAUGACGAAAGGGUCUCAUCCUUUCUAGAGUUAAAUAAGAGUUUUAUAGUUCUGUGUAACUAUUUGAAAGGAAAUUGCUACUCCUUUUAAAAAAUAAUUGGAAUGAAAGUAUAGUUUGUUGGUGUAUAAGUAUAGCAGAGAUAGUUUUAUACAAAGAUAUUUUAGUCCUUAAAAGUAUGAAGCAAUGAAAUUGUGUAAAACCCCUAUUUUUCAUUUUGUGCUUCCAAGUUUCAAUAAGCAAACUCUAAAAAGUAAUUUUCUCCUUUUGAGAAAAAGAUAGAGCUUUGCUUUCAAUUUUAGAAAAGGUUUUAUGGGGGAGGAAAGAGUUUUUCCUCCAUCCUUCUAGGUUCUUUUGGCUAGUUGACUAAUUAAGUUGACAUCAGACAUAUUAACAGGAGGAAAACAAUUCUAAUUACACAUCUAUGGGAGCCUCCUAAGGACAGGAGCCCCAGGAAUAAGUCAGGCGGUUAUGGCUACUAUGCCACCCUGAGCUAAGGACUGGGUGGGAUGUGGGCCUGAGGAAGGGGACUUCUCAGGAUAAAAAGAGCAGAUGUGUGGCGGUUAGAUGUUUGUCUUGUCCUACAGAUGAGUCAUUUAGAUUAAAAGUUCUCUCUGGUAGUAGCUCCCGUUCUGGGCCAGGCCCCCUGUCUCAAUUAUUUUAGAUAGUUAAGGGAGAGGAAAAAUUUUUCUUGAACCUGCAGGGUCUUGUUUGCCUUCAGCUCCAAAUAAUCUACAUGCUAAAGUAGCACAUUUUGGGGUCAUGCAUUCUGCUCCCUUGCAAUUCCCAAUGUCAUUCUUUGAUAUGAUAUCAAAAUAAAGUUUACAUUUGAUUGGGAAAGCUAUAUUCUUUAAGAUAAAGGAAAAUAAUUAUUAAAUUAUUAAAUAAUUAUUAAAUUAUUACGUGAAUCUGCUGAUAAACAUGGUUUCGUAUGCUCACUGGUCAUUAAACUAGUAUUUAAAAAGGGCUUGAUCUUUUCUUUCUAAAGUGGAAAUUAACCCUCAGAAUGUGUGUUAAUUCUAAUUGAGGUUCAUAGUUUUUAUUUUAAGAUGGAAUUCAAGAGAGAAUUCAAUAAAGAAACACUGGAGUUUU